GCGUGUUCUUGGGACCGUGAGUAAGGAGCAAGAGGCGGUCCGAACGCCCACCGCAACAAGCGCAUAGCGCAUAGCGCAUACACUAAAUCACACAUGUUGUGCUGCAUGACAAGGCGAUCCGAUCCCCCUGGUCCAUGCAGCAAUGCAGCAAUGCAGCCAAAUCCGUGCCUGAUUCUUUCUGUCUGCUGCUGUUGCUGCUGCUGCUGCUACUUCUGCUGCUGCUACUUCUGUUCUGGCUUCUCCCCUAUUUUCCUUCAGCUCUUUAUCAUCACCGCUCAUUGGGGACAAAGCUGCUUUCCCCGCCAAUCGUCAUUCUUCCGGUCAAUACCGAAUAGCUUCCUUCUUUCCUUGGUUCCCGGGAAAUGGAACCUGAAACUGCAGGACCUCGUUCACUAACUUCCUGGGGGGAAAUAUCGACUCUCUUCCGAUAGGAGGAAGUGGGACUUGAGGGAUGUGCUGACUCGGUCCACAUCGUGCUGCUCCUAAUUUCUCCAUCCUCGCUGCGCUUGCCUCCGUCAUCCUCUGCUGUUCCUGGUACCUACCGAUUCAUUCGUCGGGCUGACUG